CACACAGCGAGUGACAUGAACAAGUACUGGGAGCGUCUCUAUCAUUGGCGCAAACAUGGUGCAAAGAGUCUGGGAUGAAUGGGCUCAUCAGCGCUUGGGAAAGCGGAGCCUUUAUGGGUGAUUGGCAGACACUGAUACUACUGGGGACCUGCGACUUUAUCUGAGCACAGCGAUUCAUCUUCUACAUCUCAAGGACCAAUUUAGAACAGUUUGUUUGACACAACUCCAAGGCUGCCAUCUAGUGCGCAUCCGGGAGAACAACAGCAGCUAUGACUCCCACCAGUGCUACCCACAGAAAGAACGAGUAUUACAAUCAAGAAAUCAUCGUUAAUCAUUACAACUACACUGGAAAGUAUAAAGACAACCCUAGUACUGAUGUCAAGCCGACAUCGAUUAUCUUCAUUAUCAUUUGCUGCUUCAUUGUUUUGGAAAACAUCCUUGUGCUUCUUACCAUCUGGAGAACCAAGAAAUUUCACCGACCCAUGUACUAUUUUAUCGGCAACUUGGCUCUUUCGGAUUUGUUGGCGGGAACUGCCUACACUGCCAACAUCCUGCUGUCUGGACCACACACUUACAAAUUGACGCCAGUGGAAUGGCUGAUAAGGGAAGGGAGUAUGUUUGUUGCUCUUUCCGCGUCUGUCUUUAGCCUUGUGGCUAUUGCCAUUGAACGCUAUAUCACCAUGCUCAAAAUGAAGUUGCACAAUGGUAGCAAAAGCUCCAGGUCAUUUCUCUUGAUCAGUGGAUGUUGGUUUCUCGCCCUUAUUCUUGGAGGUCUCCCCAUCAUGGGCUGGAACUGUAUUUCACAGAUGUCUGCCUGUUCAACAGUUCUGCCUUUAUACCACAAACAUUAUAUUCUAUUCUGCACCACUAUAUUCUGCGCCCUGUUGAUGGCUAUUGUUAUUCUUUAUGCACGGAUUUAUUUCUUGGUAAGGACUCGCAGCAGGAGCCUGACCUUUAAGAGAAACCUUGCAAGGCCAAGCAGAAGCUCGGAGAAGUCCAUGGCAUUGCUAAAAACAGUCAUUAUUGUCCUCAGUGUCUUCAUCCUAUGCUGGUCCCCUCUUUUCAUCUUCCUGUUGUUAGAUUUUGGCUGUAAAGUCAAAGCUUGCCCUGUCCUGUUUAAAGCGGAAUAUUUCUUAUCACUUGCUGUUCUUAACUCUGCCACCAAUCCCAUCAUUUACACUCUAACAAACCGGGAAAUGAGAAGAGCCUUCCUUAAAAUGGCUUGUUGCACUCAUUGUUCUAUCUUUAGUUCCAACUCAAAAGUCAAAAGGCCAAUCAUCACAGGAAUGGAGUUCAGCAGGAGUAAAUCAGACAAUUCCUCGCACCCGCAGAAAGAUGAGGGGGAAUAUCCCGCGACACUAAUGUCCUCUGGGAAUGUGACAUCGUCAUCGUAGAAAAUGGGAGAUGCUUGAGAUGGGCUACUUUUUGUUGCAGUGUUGCAAGAGCACUAGAAACACAUCUCCUUAUCACCCAGAUGAUGCCAAGGAUAACCCCCAACUGCUUAUAGCAUUAGUUCUGAGUGGAGAUGCAAAGCACUUGGACACAAUAUAAGAAAAACUGAAGUGCACAGGCCCCCCAAACCAAUGGAUCUGGAACAGAUAAUGUGCAAUUUGGGGGAGGCACGCAAAGGAGGAUAUGCUUAGUACUGUUUUACAUUUAGGUUGACCAAGGAGAGGAGUCAAAAUAGGUUCCUUUAAGUUGAUACUAUGAGAUGUAUUUAAUAUAUGGUAUGAUUAACAUCACUUACCAGGCAAUUAGAACUCACUAUAAAUCCAUAGAUUUUUUGUAUGUGAAUUGAAAUUGAGAUGUUAUUUACAUAGUAACGUGUGUAUGUAGGGUUACCGUCAGUCAUCCUUCAUUUAAUAAAGGGUGCGCUUAUUAAGGGUGCCUGUAACACCAGUGGCUAACAAGACGAAUGAGUGUGUAAGCUCACAUGCCAGCAAAGUAUCAGAAAUACAAACCUAGGCAAAGGUGUGAGUCAUGCUGUAAUGUGUACCUCUGGUCCCCCAGCUGUAGCUUAACUAUAACCCCCCUAUAACCCCCGACAAGGUUUAUAAAGUUCUGGUCCAAUUACCUAUUUUAAUUACAAAAAAAAGUUUUGUCCUGAAAUAGCCAUUAAUUAAGAAUGCAUCAUAGAAAUCUCUUUUGAAAGCUGCAUUGCCCAGAUUAUUUGGAUUUUCUCCAUAGACUAAUGAAUUCUUGCCAGUGUAAAUCUACCAAGAUUCAAUGCUAGAUCAGAGCUGUGUUUUGUAUGCAGGUCCAGUUGGCAUAACCCAUUUCCACGCAUGCCUUUGGGUGGAUUUCCAUUUGUUCUAAGUUGAGGAUAAACUACAGUUUAAGUACAAUUGUGCAGGUGGAAAUGGUCCCAAGUUUCAUCUAAAUGAGUAGUGCUGUAGCAAGAUCUUGUAUGUACAACAUGCUGAUCUGCACUAGGCCUAAACCUCCCCUUGCACUGCACUUUUUUUUUCGGAGGCUUCUGGACCCUGUGAGCUCAGACAUAUAUAGAAUAUCAUGGUGCAAGAUCUCCUGUGUCUUUAAAGUGUAGGUGUUAGAAUACCAGAGGGUGGCCUAGUGUAUCUCAACCUAAGCAACCCCAUCUAACUUUCUUAUUGCAGCCAUAGGCACAUACAGCACCUAUAACAUUUGGCACUUGUCUACAUAUAACUGAUGCAGGAGGCCCUAGACGUCAGCUAUUCCGAUGGGGCCAUAGGAGAUACUAAUCUUGAUAGUUGUGGUUCCAGACAGUCUGGCUGAGAUCGGAUCAGACUUGCAGCCAUGCAUGAGACUUAAAUCCAUAUCUGAGUUUAGCAGCCUCUCAACUGGUGAAAUAACUUCACUUUUAAAGGAGAAAUGUAUGCAUUUAUCUCAUUCCCAGAUCAAUGUAUGGAAAAUGUAUUUGUGAAAUUACUUUUUAUCACUCACUGCCCAAUAGCCAGCACGUAGUCCUUCUUUUAGCAUGCACUUCUUUUGGCACUUAUUUAUGUAUUGGUUAUGCCAUCCUAGAGUUUCAAUAGUUAUAAUCCCACUUUCACUUACCUAGAACACCAGUUCUGAUUUAGUGAGAUAGGUAUAGAGAUUGAGGAUUUAGGGAUUGGGGAUACAUUAAUACAAUGUAAGAGUUUGGGGAUACAUUGAUACAAUGUUAGCAUUUGGGGAUCCAUUGAUACAAUGUUAGAGAUUGGGGAUACAUUGAUAUAAUGUUAGAGAUUGGGGAUACAUUGAUAUAAUGUUAGAGAUUGGGGAUACAUUGAUAUAAUGUUAGAGUUUGGGGAUACAUUGAUGCAAUGUAAGAGUUUGGCGAUACAUUGAUACAAUGUUAGAGAUUGGGGAUACCUAGAACGUUAGAGACUGUGGAUACAGUGAUAAAAAGUUAGUAACUGGGAAUACAUUGAUAAAACGUAAUCUCAUGGACUCUUCCACUAUAUGUUACUUGCCCUGUAAAAGAAUAUUUUUUAAUUUGUGUAUGUAUAGUUUUUACUAUGUUUGAAAAAGCUAUAUAGUCACCUUUUACACAGUACAUAAAAGCUAGAAAAACUGCAGCAUUCCAGCGACUGCAGAGAUAGAAUUCCCUUUUUCUAAACUGUAAUAUGCAUGAUGGGAAUAGUCCUGCAACAGCUGCAACAUCCACAUAAACUCUCCCUCUGCAUUAUCAUAUACCACUCACAGCACUAUUCCUUGGCAUGUAUUAAUAAUUGCCAACUAAUUCCCUUUAUCCAAUUUGACCAACUGCAGAGCUGCCUAGCAUUCGGCUCUGCGUUUGUCAUGGAAGUGUAUAUUGAAAUGACUGCAACAUGAAGCUGUAUGUGAAUGUAAUGGGUAGUAUUACUUACAAGCAGAGAAAUUCUCUGAGGUUACAAAUCUGUGUUGUUCUAAACGCAAAACCAUCUGUGUUGACAGGUGGUAUCAAAUGGGCCAUGUACAAAAACACACACGUUCUUGCGAUGCCUUUUAUAGAACUCGUAUCAGUGCAAUUAAACAGUUGUAUGUUUUAUUUUGUCUUUAGUAGUAUUUAAAUGUCUCUGACUUCUCUUUGUUGAAUUUGCACAGAGCAGUAUUUUAAACUUUUAAUAAAACUGAUUUUUUUUUGUAUAA